GCUCUAUCCAUCUCCCACCUUUAUCCAAAUUCCAGAGUCCAGACUACGAGAACCGCGUCUCAUUCUGUACACGUGGCUACAGGUCGCAGAAGUUUAGACUAAAUAUAAAGUCGGCAGAUUAGCGGUGUCAUUCCAACAUAACGGCAACGUUUCUCCCAGUUAUUCUGUAUUUUUCCCACGCAGGCACGAACCCCUCCCGUUCCUCGUCUCCCUCCAUAAAUUUUGUUCUCUCUCUUUCGAUUUAGAUUUGGAGUAGAAGUUUAAAAAAACGAACGAAAACUUAUCAGAUGUUAAUUAAAUGUAUAAAUAUUUUGAUUUUUCACAUAUUUUCUUAGGUUUUAAUAGUAUAUGGUAUGAUAUGAAAUAAAAAAUAUAUAUCGACCUAUCUUUCCCUCGACCCCAACCCAAGAGGCAGUUGGAGCUCGUCGAACAGAUCCCCUAUUUUCCUUUACCGCUAGAAUUUCGCCUACGCAAACUUGUUUCUUCGUUCAACAGUUGCAGAGUUUCCUGCGGAAUUCGUCGAUUUUUCUCCUCCUCUAUCAGUUGUCCAAACAAUUGGUGUUUUCCGUCAUUGGUCUUCGUGCAUUGGCCGGGGAACGAUAUCGCGUUACCACUGUUGAAAGUGGCUGGCCUUCAAUUCGAUAUCUGAAUUUAGAGUCUCGCUGCAAAAUUAGGGGUUUUCGGAGGUUUAUGUUCGGAUCCGGAAGAGAGAAUCUGUCUUUCUUGUGACAGAGGGCGGUUUUCGAGGGGCAAACGAGGUAGAAAAUGCCCAAUUUCGUUGUGUGUUGAAUCGAUCUUUGAAUUCGAGGAGUUGGCGUUGAAAUUAGGGUUUUCUAUCGGACUAAGGAGAGGAGUUUGUUUUGAUAUUCUAGGUAGGAAGGAUGAUCAUCAAACGGAGCUUGAAAUCGAGAAUGCCUUAUCUCAAGCGGUGCAAAGCUGAACAGCCUGGGUGCGAAGACGACGAGAGUUCCGGGAAUAAGAAAAAACGGAAGACCAACGGGUAUUAUCCUCUCGAUAUUCUCGGCGAGGUAGCCGCCGGUAGAAUUCCGUUAACUGGUUUUGGAUUCCGAAGGAGGUUAGGCAAUGAUGGCGAGGAGUUCAGCAGUGUCGCGGCUUCCUGGUGCACCGAAGUAUCUUAUUGCCCCGGAGAGUUGGAUUCGGAAUCGAAGAGGCAGGAUGCUCUGAAGGUGAAGAAUCACAUUGCAGAUGUUUUUCGACCACCGCUUGUGAAAACUUCACGAGGACGCGUUCAGGUACUCCCUUCGCGUUUCAAUGAUUCGGUUCUUGAUCCCUGGAAGAAAGAAAAGGCCAAACCAAGUGUCCGAGAAUCCGGUUUCCACACUGAAAUUGGAACCUCCAAGAAGGAAAAAUUCAGCUGUAAAACAACAAAGUUUAGCAGUAGGCUUACCAAGAAACUAUGCAAGGACGACAAGUUCAGCUAUGAUAGUCCUAAAUGUUUUCCACUUCUCAAGGAGGAAUGCGAAGAAGAAGAAGAAGAAGAAGAAGAAGAAGAAGAAGAAGAAGAAGAAGAAGAAGAAGAAGAAGAAGAAGAAGAAGAAGAAGAAGGGGGUAAUUUGCUUUUCAAGAACCUUGACAUUAGAAAGUAUUCUAGUUCUCGCAGUUCUCUUACAUCUCUUCACGAGCCCAUAAUUGAAGUUGAGAAAUCUGGACCCCUGGUAGAAUUUCAGAAGUCCCCUAGGAACUUUGAACUGACAGGCGUACCUAAAUCGUCCAAGGAGAAUACUGAAAAACGAAAGGGUUUCUACAGGCCCGAAGACUUUGUAUUGGGUGAUAUUGUUUGGGCAAAAUCAGGGAAGAGGUAUCCGGCAUGGCCGGCCAUCGUCAUUGAUCCGAUGUUGCAAGCUCCUGACACAGUUCUCAAUUCCUGUGUUGCUGGAGCUAUUUGUGUAAUGUUUUUCGGAUACUCCAGAAAUGGGAAAGAAAGGGACUAUGCAUGGGUGAAGCAUGGGAUGAUUUUUCCAUUUAUAGACUAUUUGGACAGAUUUCAGGGACAGACGCAGUUGCACAAAAGCAAGCCUAGUGAUUUUCGGAUGGCUAUAGAGGAGGCGUUUUUAGCAGAGCAUGGUUUUAUGGAACUGCCAGCAGAGGAGAUGAAUGCGGUGGUUGGGCAGCCAGCUUAUAAUCACUCUAUUCCAAGAGGAGUCCAAGAGGCUACUGAUUCAAACCAGGAUCAGGAAUGCUAUUCUCAGAACCAGGAUGCAUUUGAGAAGAAGAAAGGCACACAGCCUUGUGAUGGCUGUGGAUUGAGCCUGACAUUUAAAACUACAAAGAAAGUGAAGGGUUCAACUCCUAAAGGCCAAUUUCUAUGUAAACAUUGUACUAAGUUAUUGAAAUCAAAACAAUAUUGUGGCAUAUGCAAGAAGAUCUGGCAUCAUUCUGAUGGUGGAAGUUGGGUUCGUUGUGAUGGAUGUAAAGUCUGGGUUCAUGCAGAAUGUGACAAAAUUUCGAGCAAUCUUUUCAAGGAUCUGGAAGACACUGAUUAUUACUGCCCUGAGUGCAAAGCAAAGUUUAACUUUGAACUAUCGGAUUCAGAAAAAUCUCAGCAAAGAAAUAGAUCUGACAAGAUUACUGGGCAAUUUGUGCUGCCGGACAAGAUAACUGUUGUGUGCACUGGCAUGGAAGGGGUAUAUUUUCCAAGUCUUCAUUUAGUUGUAUGCAAUUGUGGUUCAUGUGGGAAAGAGAAGCGAUCGCUUAGUGAAUGGGAACGACAUACAGGUUCAAAAAAGAAAAAUUGGAAGACAAGUGUUAAAGUGAAAGGUUCAAUGCUACCUCUGGAGCAAUGGAUGCUGCAAAUGGCAGAGUAUCAUGAACGGGGACUUGUUUCUGCAAACCCUCUUAAGCGACCUUCUCCAAAGCUACGGAAGCAGAAACUGCUUGAUUUCUUGCAAGAGAAGUAUGAACCUGUUUAUGCUAAGUGGACGACAGAACGGUGUGCUAUUUGUAGAUGGGUUGAAGAUUGGGAUUACAAUAAAAUUAUUAUCUGCAAUAGAUGUCAAAUUGCAGUCCAUCAAGAAUGUUAUGGAGCAAGAAAUGUCCGUGACUUCACUUCGUGGGUCUGCAGAGCAUGUGAAACACCUGAUGUCAAACGGGAAUGUUGCCUUUGUCCUGUAAAAGGGGGUGCUCUAAAGCCAUCUGAUGUGGAUACAUUGUGGGUUCAUGUUACAUGUGCUUGGUUUCAGCCUGAAGUUUCUUUUUCAAGUGAUGAAACAAUGGAGCCUGCUGUUGGAAUUUUAAGAAUUCCAUCUAAUUCUUUUGUGAAGGUUUGUGUGAUCUGUAAGCAAAUGCAUGGUUCUUGCACACAGUGUUGCAAGUGCUCCACUUAUUAUCACGCAAUGUGUGCAUCAAGGGCAGGUUACCGCAUGGAGUUGCAUUGUUUGGAGAAAAAUGGGAGACAGAUUACGAAAAUGGUCUCUUAUUGUGCUUUCCACAGGGCUCCAAACCCAGAUACUGUUUUAGUUAUACAGACACCUAUAGGGAUUUUCUCUGCCAAAAGCUUGCUUAGAAAUAAGAAGCAGACUGGUUCAAGGCUAAUUUCGUCUAAAAGAUCAGAUCUUCAGGAAGAUUCAACCUCAGAAGCUGAUCAGUUUGAGCCAUCUUCUGCUGCAAGGUGUCGGAUAUAUAAAAGAUCAAAAAAUAAGAGGACAGGAGAAGAAGCAAUAGCCCACCGAGUAAUGGGGCCCUGCCAUCAUCCUUUAGAUGCAAUUGAGUGCUUGAACACAUUUAAGGAAGACAAGGAUGUUAAAUCUUUUUCUUCAUUCAGGGAGCGCCUUUACCACUUACAGAGAACUGAAAAUGAGAGGGUUUGCUUUGGUAGAUCUGGCAUACAUGGAUGGGGCCUCUUUGCACGUCGAAACAUUCAAGAAGGAGAAAUGGUUCUCGAGUAUCGUGGUGAGCAGGUAAGACGCAGUGUUGCAGAUUUGAGGGAAGCAAGCUAUCGACUGGAGGGAAAGGAUUGCUAUCUAUUUAAGAUCAGCGAAGAAGUGGUGGUUGAUGCAACUGAUAAGGGGAAUAUAGCACGCUUGAUUAACCACUCUUGUAUGCCCAACUGCUAUGCAAGAAUCAUGAGUGUAGGUGAUGAUGAGAGCCGGAUUGUACUUAUUGCGAAGACCAACGUUUCCGCUGGAGAUGAGCUAACGUAUGAUUAUUUGUUUGAUCCUGAUGAAUGUAAGGUCCCAUGCCUCUGCAAAGCACCAAACUGCAGGAAGUUCAUGAACUAGGCUACACAUGAUUGCCAUUUUUUCUCCACUCGGAGCACCGACUGGUCUCUCCUUGUGUGAUCUCACAGUUUUAUACGCUGAGUUUGUAUCUUAUCCGAUUAUUUGAUGAUUUUUCAAGCUUAAUAAAAGCUCAAUAUUCCUUGUUGGUUUCGGGGCUCCCAUUUAUGUAAAUUGUCUCAACAUCUUUAUCCUCUAAUUUUAUUUUAUCUUUCUCAUCACAAGUCAGAUAUCCUAAAGAGGAAAGUCUGCGGAUACAUUUACAUGUACAUGUGUUUCAAAGAAAUAUAGUGCCAUUCUUGUAAUUCA